AUGACAGAUGAGAUCGGUCAUGGUGGUAGCAAUAUCAUAACCCUCCGGUUUGAGCCAGAGGCGCUAGACACCAACGACAAGUUUCAGUUGAACCGCAAACAACGUCGUAGCAUUGGCCACCUCAUAUUCACAACUCCAGAGACAGAGCGCCCGAUAACUCUAUUUUGCAAUGGUCUCACUGUUGUUGUAAGGGGGCGAAACACUGUCCUACAAGCAUUAAGGUCUGGACUGUUCGAACUCGUGCAGUCUGGCAAGGAAGAUGCAGGUGCUAUUAUGCUGCCAUCUUUCGCGUCAUCUCGGAAAGGCCAGUACAAGAUACUCCCUACGGCAUUUCCACAGUAUCGGGAAGUAUCGAUUAGUGUGUUGACUGAAACAACGCAUGUUUUGUGGAAAGAGGUCUUGCAGCCCGGCCAUACAUACGGCUUACGGUUGUCUGAGAAAGCUGGCGAAGUGUUCGCGUAUUAUACGGAUGAGCUUGAUGGCAAUCCUGAAAGCCUCACAUCAGCGCAGAAGCUGCCCGUUCAUCGUGAGGGAGGUGGCACAUACUACUUCACCGUCCACGACGACCCGGCGCCUCCCAAACUUUUCGCCAGGUUGGAGCUGCCCCGCAAAGCUUAUCUCAACGGUCCAACCCCCUUCACCCUCAUCAUCGAGUACACAACCGACAGCGACGAGCCCUUUGUGUUCGAUAAGUCACGCUCUCCAAUUUCGGUCACCAAUUUCUGCUCCGGAUUCGACCUGCACUGUAUGGACCAACUAAUCGAUUGUCAGGAUAAUGCCACCGGGGAGAAGGUUGAAUGGGGCGCCGUCUUCGUCUGCUGA